CCCUAGGGCUUAUUGAGCAGCCGACGGAGAGCAAGUUCAUUGCAGCAGGGAGCCGGAGGUGAGCUCAGAGCUUUAACAAUGGCGGAGAAGGGCCGCGGCAAGGGAAGAAAGGAGGAGGUAGUCACCAGAGAGUACACCAUCAACCUCCACAAACGCUUGCAUGGAUGCACAUUUAAGAAGAAGGCACCAAAUGCGAUAAGGGAAAUCAGGAAGUUUGCUCAGAAGGCUAUGGGAACCCCUGAUGUCAGAGUGGAUGUUAAGCUCAACAAGCACAUAUGGAGCCGUGGCAUUCGGAGUGUGCCAAGAAGGGUACGCGUCCGCAUUGCACGGAAGAGAAAUGAUGAUGAAGAUGCCAAGGAAGAGUUUUACUCGCUAGUCGCUGUCACGGAGGUCCCUCCAGAGGGAUUGAGUGGUUUGGGCACCAAGGUGAUCGAUGAAGAAGAAAGCUGAACUCCGUUUAAACCCCCAUUUUUGUUCUAGUUAGUUGAUCCCAAUUUCGGUUGUACUUUUGUUUAAUUGAGGAUGUGUGGCCUGGUUUUGUCUGUUCUUGGAACUUUUAAAUCAGAGUUUUUGAAUGGUUUAAUUAGUGUUUUGUCGUCUUUAGUA